AUGGAAAUCUCAAGUGCAGCAAUAGAAUCUAUGCCAUGUAAAGAUCUCCAAGCAGGACGCAGUGAAGUUGAUGUUCCUACUGAGUCACCAUUAGAGCUUGGGUCAGCAAACGAAAAGCAACAAACGUCACUGGAUAACUUCUUUUCAUCAAUAUCUUCCAUACAUGAUAGAUCAUCUUUGGAUUAUAUUGCAGAUAGAAUAGGUGAAAAGGUCAGUGAAAGACUUAAAGAAAAUACUGUUCUGUCACAGAAACAAGCAACUGCAGCAGCUGAUACCAGUACUUGCACGUCUGAAGCAAGAAAUUUGACUGAUUUUCUGCAUGACGAGCAGGAAUUUGAAAUGAUUGGAGAAAAUGAUAUGUGGGUCUUGCGCUGUAAAAUGUGUUAUUCCUAUCUUAGCAACCCAGUUGCUUCGUCAGCAUUAAAACACAGACCAACUGGAGAAUCUUUAGCAACAGGAAUAACAUUUUCGUUGGAUGAAUAUUCCAAGCACUGCCAAGGUAACUGCGCUGAAUGGCGCCGCUUGAAGCACCGAAUGUUAGCACAUUUGUCUGGUUCAUCAAAAACACACCAAAACUCAUCACAAUAUAUGAAAGAGCAAGCAUAA